AACCGAAAGCUGAUCAACCGGCGUGUGCCGUAUUAUGCUGCAGUUCUUUAUGGCGGUCGCAGAAAAUAAUAAAGUGGUGGUGGUUUAAGUUGCUUUAGAAUUUUACUGUGUUAUGUGUAAUUCGUAGUUUUAAAAUUUGUGCUAAGCAUUACUAAUUACCAUGGUUGAGACUGAAGAUAGUUUUAUUUUUGCACCCGUAAUUUCGGAGAAAGAAUGGCUGCAAAUACCGUCUGAAAUAGCAAAAAAAGUUGAACACUUUGUAGAAGAGAAAUUCGAAGAAUUAUUAACGUCGAAAGCGUUAUCGGAAACUAAUCGCUUUAACGCAGAACAAAAACUAUCUGAAUUAGAAAAGAGGAAUGAUGAACUUGAACAUGAUAAAAAUGAGCUUUUAUCUAAACUUGAUGGUGCCCAGCAAACCAUUACUGAAUUAGAAGCCCAAAUAUCAAAUUGUAUUGGUGAAAUAACAAAACUUCGGACUAAAUGUAACCAAUUUGAAUCAGAAACUGCAGAAUUCCGACAUCAGAGGGAUCUUGCAGUUGGGGAAAAUGAAAAACUUACAAAAUUAUUAGAAAGACAAAAUUCAGAAGUAGAAAGGCUUAAGUUGGAUUUAGAUACUUUGCAGAAUCAGUUGGAAAAGGCUAUUAAAGUGAAGUGUGAAGCAUUAGCCGAUGUCGAUGAGAUAGGUUCUCUGAAACUAUCAUUGGAGUAUAAGGAAAAAAGACUAGACCAAGAAAAAGCUUUAUUAAAUAGUCAAAUUGAAAUGCUGACAGAUGAACUAAAAAAAAAGACAGAGACUUUGUUAGCAAUUCGAACAGAUAAUUCAUCAAGAUGUAUUAUGCUAGAAACUAAAUUGAACAGUAAAAUACAAGAAUUAGCAGUGACCAAUGAGUCUGUAAAAUCAUUGACUGAAAUAAAUAAUAAUCUAACAGAAAAAGUAGAAGAAUUAACAGAAAGGCUUGCUCAAGAUAGGGAUACUCACACAAAAGCAUUGGAGUCUUAUCAACAGGAACUUGAAGCACAAAUUAAAUUGGCUGAUCUCUACAAAAAUAUGAGUGAAGAAAGUAAAAAGCAUGGUGAAGAACUAACUAAAGGCAUAGUUGAGCUACAAACGCUAUUGAAGAAUGCUACAGAACAGUAUGGAGAGUUGGAAACAAAACAUAAAGAAGCUGAAUUAGCCAAUGAGGAAAUGAUAUCUAAAAAGAAUGAAUGUAUUGAUGUUUUAAAGAAAGAAUUGGAAUCUGCAAAUGAAUUGUUGAAAUUUGCCAAAGAUGAAAGUUUACAGCGGGAUAUAGAAGAUUUAGCACCAUCUGCGGCAGCAGCAUCUAAGGCUCUAAAAUGUGGAAUGUCUAUGACACAAAUGUAUACUCAGUAUGUUAAUGUUUCUGACGAACUUCUGCUUGAAAAAGAAGAAAAUAGGCGUCUGACAUCUUAUAUAAAACAGAUCAUUGCUGAAAUUGAAGACAAAGGACCAUAUCUUAAAAAACAAAAAGAGGACUACGACAAGGCAUUGGAAACAAUUGCUGAUAUGACCAAACACAAUGAGCAGCUCAUUAUGGAAAAUCAACAUUUGCGAGAAGAACACGCUGAUAUUAAACGUGCCGAAGGUUUAGCUGAGCGAGAAAACAGUCGCCUAAAGAAGGAGUUGGCGGAUCUAGGCCGUCAAGUAUGUCACUUGGUGCGAGAAGUUGAACAGUCGAGGGGCGGUUCCUCAUCUACGUCCACAGACCAGGAUAUGAGUGACAGUGUGAGUUCUGCUGACAUUAUUACCAAACGUCUGGUUACUUUCAGCGAUAUAGCAGAACUCCAGAGUAACAAUCAGAGACUUCUGGCACUCGUACGCGAGCUCAGCGCAAAACAAGAAGAAGCCGAAACUUUUGAUCCAGCUGUCAUUGCUAAAAUGAAAAUGAAAAUCGAAUCGUUACAAGAAGCUCAAUCUGAUUCUUUGGAACAUCAAGAACGCCAAAACAAAAUGAUAACUAUGCUUAUUGGACAACGAGACAUGUAUAAAAAUCUCUACACACAGGCGUUAAGAGGUAAUACUGAUGACGUUCCUAUGCAUUUGGAACGUUCGUUUGUUUCUGAUCGUCUCCAGAGUCCAAAGCCCAACGAUGAUGAUUCAAAUGCUGACGAUAAAAUUCAAGAACUUGAAACGCAAUUAGAAAAACUGAAAAAAGCUCUCGAUGUCUCAAAAGAAGAACAUGAAACAUAUCGUAAAGAAAAAGCAUGCAACGAGAAACUUCUACUUGACCAGAUCGAGAAACAACGGCAAGAAAUUUCUGAUCUCACACGCACUAAUUGUAAACUUGCAUCUAUGUCAGAUGUAAAUGAUGAACGAUUCAAGAUAAUAAAAUCAAAUGUCGAAGUGUACAAAAAUCAAAUCGCGCAACUCGAGAAACAAAAUAAAAUCUACAGUGAAACAAUUAUCAAGCACGAAGAGGCGAUUAAUUACCUACGGGAACAAACGUUAGCUGCACAAACAAAGUUAUCCAGCUCUGAAGUGAUUCUUGGAAACUUGCAAAAAGAAAAUGCUUUACUUCGAGAUGCAGAAGAGAGGCUAACGCGAGAGCGGGAAGCACUGAAGCGGGAUGCCUAUUCGCAAAACCUACUUCAAUCGAAUAUCGAACUAAUAAAAGCUACAUUGGAAAGAAAUGAAGCUGAGAGUCGAAUCAGACUUGAAGAGCGUCUAGAUGAAGCUCACCGUGAAUGUGCUGCAUUGCGACGUCGCUUAGUUGAGGAACAGGAUCGCUUCCGUGAACUAAGUGUUCAUUUGGAAAAACAGACCCAUGACGCUCAACAGCGGCUUGAAGAAGAAAAGCAACAAGCAGGGAAAUUGCGUAAAGAACUCACCGAAACUCGAGAAGAUCUUAUUGCCAAAUCGGUUCAGAUCGAAGAACUAACAAAAAAAUUAAAAACAUCUCUUGUUUCAAGCUUUUCCGAGUCUGUUGGCAGCGGUGGUUUAGACAUAAAAAAAACGCGCCAAUUAGAAAAAAUGCUCAGCGAUAAUCAAGCCGAAAUCGAUACAUUACGGCAACAACUCAAGAACGCUAAAGAAGCCGUUGAACAACAUUCCAAUGUUGCUGAAAGCGCGGAACGCCAAUUGAAAGAGUUUAUGGAACAAGCUGAAGCAUAUAAAGUACAAUCAAAUGACAAUAUUAAAAGACAACUAGAAAAAAUCAAAGAUCUGGAGGAGAAAUGCUCUCUACUUCAAGGAGAGUUAUCCAUACAGUCUGAUGGACAAGAUGGUGUCUCGUUAGAUCUUCGAGGGAAAUUGGCGAAAUCAGAAGAAUUACUGCGCAUUGCAAAUGAAGAUCUUACAGAACUUAAAGAGAAAUUGCAAGAAUCACAAGAUUCUGUUCGAAAUCUAACGGAAAGUCUAGAGCAGGCAGAAAAUAAGUAUGCUCGUGAAAUGAUGCUUCAUUCCGAUGAUUUGCAUCUUCUAACUAAUGUAAAGGAAGAAUUAGCAAAGAGUGUAACUGAGAUUAGUGAACUAAAACAUGCACGAGAUGAAGCACUUGAAGCACUUGCUGCAAAUAAGAAAAGUUGGGAAACACGUGAGGCUCUCUUUAAAAAAGAAAAAGAGGAGCUUGAAACACGAUUCAAUGACAUGGAAGCACAGAAUACACUUUUACUUGACCAAAUACAAGCUCUUAACACGCAAUUGUCUAUAUUGCAGGCACAGAUCACAGAGAGUUCGAAUGAAGGUGCUGACUCUAGUUUUAACCGAUCUUUUACGGAAAAUGACGUUAGAUCAUCCGAACAACUUCUGAAAAUUAUCAAAUACCUUCGCCAAGAAAAAGACAUAGCGGUAAGUAAGUGCGAGAUUCUUGAAGCGGAACGAUGCCGCUAUAAAUCCGAGUUAGAGACACUAACUAAGAAAUUCGAAGAAACGCGCGCUAUGUGUGCUGCACAACACGAAAAAUCUGAAGUAGCUGUAAUAACGGUUGCAAAACACGAGGAAGUGUUGCGUAAAAUCGAAACGCUUAAUGCUAUCACAGAUAGCAACAGGAGCCUUAGAGUAGAACGAGAUAAUUUACUCGCCCAAAUUGAAGAUUUGAAAAAACGAUGUGGGAAUUUGGAAGAACAGUUAAUUCCUCUUCAGGAGAAAAACCGUGAAUUAACUCUUAAAGCGGAAUCUAUGCAAACCGAAAAUGUUACACUAAGAGGUGAAGCGACAAGAUGGCGACAACGGGCUAAUAUGCUCAUUGAAAAAUCAAAUAGAACAAGUCCUGAAGAUUGGAAAAAACUGCAAACUGAGCGUGAAAAUCUCGCUAAACAAUUAACUAUGGAGCGAGGUAACACUGCCAAACUCAAUGAUGAGCUUAGUACUAUUAAACAAGAAAAAGCACGGCUUGAAGAACAAUUACGUAAUCAACGAGCUCAAAACACUCAACUUAAUGAUGACAUAGAAAAGUUGCGCUCUGAAUUCAACCAACUAAAGGAUCAUAUGAAUCAAGCUACUCGUGAACUAGAGCAGACAAAGGAAAUGUACUCUAAAUUGUCUGAAGAUAAUCGCCUCCUGACUGAAGAAACUGCAGGUAAAGAUGUUACGAUAUCUGAUCUCAAAAAUAAUCUUACAGCUGUUAAGAGGAUUGCGAAGAGGUAUAAACAACAGUGGGAAGACCAGCUUAAAGAAAUUGAAAUUCUUAAACAACAAACCGAAACUGUCACUUCGGAAAAUGCCAGUAAUCAAGCCGAGCGUGAAGAAAAGACCCGAAAUGAAUUUGAGGAACGAAUAUCACGAAUAGAAUUGGCUCAUAACGAACGUGUUAACGAACUUAAUCAAAAAGUUGCUUCUGCUACUGAAGAAAACGAAAAUUAUAAGCGAGAAAUUGAAAACCUUAAACAGACAACUUUGGAUAAGGAAGAGCGUUUCAAGACAUUAUUUAAAAAUGCUAAAGACCGUAUUAUGGCACUUACAGAACAAAAUAGCAGCCUUAAAGCAGAAUUAGGUCGUCCAAAAGCUUCUACUGCAUCGGCAACGGACAGUGUAAAUCAGCAAUCGUCUGCGGCAUCUGCGACAGAUGUAUCAGCUACUAAAACUGCAGAGCUUGAGGCUGAAAUCGAACGCUUAGAAAAAGAAAAAGAAGAGGCGUUAAAUGAAAAACAACAAGAAAAAGAAAAAAUGCAAGGCGAAAUCGAUGCAUUGGUGCAGAAAAUUAACCAAUUACAACGGCAGCUUGGACAACAAGGGUCGAAACCGAGUACAAGUUCAGGGCCAUCAGAAAAGUCGAUGAACGAGCCACCUACUGCUAAUAUCAAACCAAUGGCAGGCCAUUCUACGAAUAUACAAACCCAGUCAGUACCUAUACAACCAUGGCGAAGUGGCACCGAAACCCCUUUAGCUAGUAUACGACCCAUGUCUAUGCAAUUGCGCACUGUAGCUGUUUUGCCGACUAGCCAAGGACCAUCAACUAGCCAGGGGCCGAGUGCAGUUAUUGUGCCUCCUCAACAACAAGUUCACACAACUGGUCCUGGUACUGUAGAAGCAAUGUCAAGUAGUCCCACUAGUUCCCAUACAGAAUACAUGCCAGCUACCAGUUCAGCCGCUGUGGUAGGACCUAGACAAGUUGCUGUACCUCCUACACAAUCUUCUCAAGAUGCUGAAGACGAAGAUGGAGGCAUUCAGGUUCAGCCGGCACCUCAACAACAAGCAGUAGCACUGGUUUUACCUCGUAUCGAACCCCCCAGUAACAAUUUAACUCAGGAGUCUGGCACAAGUAGCAGUAGUAGUUCGAAUACGGUUACGACGACCCAGGCUAGUCUAAAGAGACCACGCGAAGCUGACACUGAAACUGGUUGCCAAGCUGAGGAACAAGGCAAAACACCACAACAAUUAAAACGCAGUCGAAUACAGACAGGAACUGAAAAUUUCCAGUCGCAACAGUCACAAGUGAGUGACAGCGGUGUUGAGGUAGAGUACCAGGUACCAACUAGCAGCCAGAGGGACCACGAAGAGGAUAAUGAUGCGGUAAUAGUUGUGGAAAGCGACGAAGAAGGUGAAGGACCGGAUGAAGGAGAAGGCGAAGAAGAGCCAGAUGAUGCUGACACUGAUGGUUUUAUGGAUACGGAACAGGAGUUAAAUUAUGAAGAUGCCGAUUGCCAAGAAAUAGAAGAGGAGGAAGAAAGGGAAAAUGAAGUUGAAGUCAUAGAUGAUUCAAGCGAAGUUCCGAAUCAAAGUGAACAUUCAAUGCAAGAGGCAGUCUCUCCACAAGAAGAAAAUUCUGAACAAGUCCAGUCAGAAGCAACCAGUAGUGGGGCUGACGGGGGGACAUCGGGUAUUAUUCUGUCGCAGGCAUCCCCAUCAAUCUCAGUUGCUAUGUCUGCACUUUCGCGAACACGGCCUGUAGCUCCACUUUCAAGACAACAACAGCAGUCUCAUUUAUUACUGCCUCAUGGACUUGAAGAAGGAGGGGAUGACGGUAUAGUUCCUUCGACUCCUACUCUGUUCGUGCCUAGGAGAUCCGAUGGUUUUGGUGAAGCAGUCAGUUCACCCCAUGUGCCAACAAGUGGUCGAUUCACUUUCAGCGAAUCAGCCCCGCCAAGUAAUUCUAGUUCGACCGAAAUUAUUCCUGAACAAACAUUAGAAUUCUCCAACACCGAUGAUAAUAGUACCGGAAGAAGUGUUCCGAGUACACCUUUACAAGCUUCGCCCCAAGAAGCAGCUCCUAUAGUUGAACUACCAACAAUUACAGUGAGUGGAGCUGCCGAUGAAGCUGAAGCGACUGCACAGGAAGGAAGUGGUGGGGAAUGUAUGGGCCCUCCUGCAACCACUGGAACCGUCCGGGAAGGUGUUCAAACUGUUGAAGAAAGCGAAGAGAUGUUGGAAGGCGAGGAUGGGGUGAGUUCAGAAGGAGAAAAACCUCCCACCUCGGAAGAAGGAGAGGACGAAGGUAGAGAGGCUGAAGCAUCUCCCAGUACUAACACUCGUUCAAGAGGAAUGGUACAACGUGGACAAGGAGUGGCCAGACGUUCAGUGAGGCAUGGUUUAGUGCGAGGAGGUUUAUCUAGAACUGGUCCUACUUCUAUCGUUUGGGGUGACCAACAAAGAAUCUCUACGCGUAAUCAAGUAGAUCACGGUGGCCAACAACAGCGAGGUCCCACAAACAGAGGUGGUAACCAAUCCCAAUUCUCUCCCAGAGUAGCCCGAAGAAGCAGAGGCCGCGCCCCUCGUCCUUACAAUCGCUUUUAAAAGUUAAAGAAACCAUACAUAAGUUAUUGUCAUUCCAUUCGGUAAAGUUUCACUAUAGUUGUAAUUCAUUUCAAUGUGUUAAGAAUAUUAAUAGUUAUCAACUUUUUCCCGGCAACAUUAAAACGACGUAGCGCAUUCUAGCCGUAUAAACAAAAAGGACUGAUUUAAUUUCAAAUUCGUUUAAAUAAGGAAGAGAAUACGUUUGCUAUUAUUAGCUUAGGUGGUGUUUGACUAAAGUAACGAUAAUUACAUGUAGCAUUUUGUUAUAAAUAAACCAUAUAUAAUAACA